AAGCGACGUUGCGAUUUGCGAAAGUCGGGUUUCUGAUGACUUUUCUCUCCAAGAGCAUCUGAGAAAUUCGGGAAGUCUGCUGCGUUCCCCUGCUCGCACAAAUCUGACUCUGCCACUCCUAUUGUUCGCGCAUUCUCAUAUGCGCCUGAAGAUCUGAUUUAAACCCUAGCAUCUUGGUUCGCUGUGUUGCAGGUUUGAUCUCUCUUCUUCAGUGUGAUGGCGAGGCGAAGAACAGCAUUUUUACUGUUUUUGUGCUUUGCAUCAUGCCAUCUUGUUUCAAUUUCGGCGAAGAGCUAUUAUGACAUCCUUCAAGUGCCCAAAGGCGCUUCCGAUGAACAAAUAAAGCGUGCUUAUAGAAAGCUUGCAUUGAAGUAUCAUCCUGAUAAAAAUACAGGAAAUGAAGAGGCGAACAAGAAAUUCGCAGAAAUCAACAAUGCUUACGAAGUUCUGUCGGAUAGUGAAAAGAGAAGUAUAUAUGACAAAUAUGGUGAGGAUGGUCUUAAGCAGCAUGCAGCUAGUGGAGGUAGAGGAGGAGGGGGUAUGAACAUUCAAGACAUUUUUAGCUCUUUCUUUGGAGGAGGUUCCAUGGAAGAAGAGGAAGAGAAGGUUGUGAAAGGUGAUGAUGUGAUUGUUGACUUGGAUGCUACAUUGGAAGAUCUGUAUAUGGGUGGGACGCUCAAGGUUUGGAGGGAAAAGAAUGUUAUAAAACCAGCUCCGGGAAAGAGGCGCUGCAACUGUAGAAAUGAGGUCUAUCACAGGCAAAUUGGCCCAGGGAUGUUUCAGCAGAUGACAGAGCAGGUCUGUGAACAGUGUCCAAAUGUGAAGUAUGUAAGAGAGGGGGAUUUCAUCACUGUGGAUAUUGAGAAAGGAAUGCAAGAUGGACAAGAAGUGGUAUUCUAUGAAGAAGGAGAGCCAAUUAUUGAUGGUGAACCUGGAGAUCUUAAGUUCCGUAUACGAACUGCCCCUCAUGAUCUCUUCAGAAGAGAAGGCAAUGAUCUACACACAACUGUUACAAUUACCCUGGUCCAAGCACUUGUUGGUUUUGAGAAGACUAUUAAGCACCUCGACGAGCAUUUGGUGGACAUUAGCCACAAUGGUAUCACCAACCCGAAGGAAGUUAGGAAGUUCAAAGGCGAAGGCAUGCCGUUGCAUUUCAGUAACAAGAAGGGCGAUCUAUACGUUAAGUUUGAAGUUCUGUUUCCAGUGUCAUUGACAGAUGACCAAAAGGCAAAGAUCAAAGAAGUUCUAGCAUAGGCAGCAGAAGAAAUACACGAGCAACGAAAGGUCUGUUCAAUUUACUAGUAAACGGAGUAAGAGCUUCUUCUAAUAUUCUCCAUUGAUUGAUUACAAUUUUGUAGAGUAUAUAUAUGCAAAAGAGCAGCGACAUGAGCUUUUUUAUUCAGAUAUUUUCUAAUCA